AUGGCCGGUUCUCAGGGACUGCUGACCUUCAGCGAUGUGGCCAUAGAAUUCUCUGAGGAAGAGUGGAGACGCCUGACCCACAGUCAGCGGCAACUGUACCUGGAUGUGAUGUUGGAGAACUAUGGACACCUCCUCUUCUUGGGUCUCCUUCUGUCAAAGCCAGACGUGAUCAUGUUUUUGGAGCAAGAGAAGCAGCUCUGGGAUGUGAAGAGAAAGGAGACCAGAGGCUUCCAUCCAGGUAGGAAGGUAAGUGCUAUGGAAAUGAAAUAUGGCAAAGUCUUGAAAUGUGAACAAAGAUGGAAACCAUCCUCCCCAAGGCACCAGUCUCUCUAUGCCAUUGACCAGAACUAUCACAAGGGCCAUUCUAUGUUGAAGCAUAUAACUGUAGCAGAGGUGGAUGUGGAAGAUGUUUAUCUUUGCAGUUGUUCCUGUGGCCAAUGGCUGGAAGAUCUUAAAGUCAGACCUUCCAGGUACAUUGACUUUGGGAUCUACCCUGCAUGUGACUGUAUAGCAGUGCCAGGCCUUUGCCGUUGGCCCUAUGGCCGAUGGUUGGAAGAUCUUAAAGUCAAACCUUCCAGGUACAUUGACUUUGGCAUCUAUCCAGCAUGUGACUGUACAGCAAUGCCAGGAACCUUUGAAACUAUUGUGAUUCAGUCCUGGAAUUUUGAGCGGAGCAUGCAUUGUCGAUCAGGUGGCACAUUUGUGAAAAGUAGAAACUCAGAUGCUACCCAAACAUCCAAAUCGGAGGACAGUGAUGGGGCAAGUGAAGAGGAUCCAAGAAAUCCUGGACGAAACACCCAAGCCAAGGCAAUUGCCCUUAAUGAGACUCUCACUGCCCCAAAUGGUGAAGGAUAUAAACCGCUGUGGAAAACCUCCCUUUUUAAGUCAACUGUUUCUUCAGAGCAGUGUGUUUCUGUCAGCACAAGCUCCAAUCAGAUAGUCAAACAUAGCUAUUUGUCGACAGAUCAUUUGGAACAUCUGGAAAGUAACCGAGUCCAUGCUGAAAAUAAUUAUUUGAGCCAUUUGGAAGAUGGGAUUGGCCUGACCUUAAAUCAAAGAUUUAGAAAUGAAGAACAAAGUCCUCAGUGGGAUCCAUUUGAAAGGGACUUCACUGAGGAGUUGACCCUACAGUACGACCAGAGGCUUUCCACUGGAGACAGAAUUGUUCAGUGCACUGAAUCUGAGAAAACAUUGAACCAGGGCUCCAGUGUUCACCAAUGUGUCAGGGCUAGGUUUGCAGAGAACCAUUAUGAAUGUGAUAAAUGUGGGGAAGGCUUUCAUCCAAGCUCUAACCCCAGUAUACAUAAUGGUCACCAUUUGGAAGACAGUCCUCAUAAAUAUAAUGAAUGUGGGAAAGCUCGUAACCAGUCCUCCAGUGUUGGUGAUCAUCAGAGAAUUCAUAAGGGAAAAAGCCCAUUCACAUCUAAUAAACCAGAGACCAUGUUUAGUCAGUCAUCAAGCCUAAACAUCAAUGAGAUAAUCCCUUUGGAAAAAGGAACUUACAUUUUUAAAGAAUGUGGGGAAAAUUACAACUGUAAUGAAUGUGCCAAAGCCUUUACAUCAUGCUCAAAACUUACUCAACAUCAGAGAAUUCAUACUGGAGAGAAACCUUACCAGUGUCAACAAUGUGGCAAGAGUUUUAACCACAGCUCAACACUUACUCGACAUCACAGAAUUCAUACUGGAGAGAAACCUUACCAACGUCAAGAAUGUGGCAUGGCCUUUAUCCCCAACUCAGCCUUAUACAAUAUCAGAUAA